AACAAAUUUUGUUUGAUUUUUUGUUUCGGGUGAAUGUACAGAUCUGUGAGAAUUUCUGCGACUUUUUCGGACACUCGACAAAAAGAGAAUGGCGACUGGUGGUGCAGCUGAGGUUCUAGGGAAGAUUGGCGAGCGUCAUCUAGAAUGCUCCAUUUGCUUGACCCAUUUCGCUGAACCCAAAUUUCUUGACUGUUUGCAUACUUUUUGCUUCAACUGUCUCCAAAACCUUAGACAGGGUGAAGAUUCCCAAAGUGUCAAACUGAAAUGUCCCCUGUGUAGACGUGAAACAAUCCUUGGAAGAAAAAGAGUCAAAGAUUUGCCUACUAAUCUCACUCUGAGUGCCUUAGUGGAGGAGUUUACAAUACAGGAACAGCUUCUAGAAGGUCAAGGGUCAGAGAUUAAAUGUCAAAGCUGUGAUGAGAACAAUCCAGCAAUUUCAUUUUGCACGGAAUGUACUCAUUUUAUAUGUCAAGACUGCCACAAGGCACACGCUCGCCUGGGAAUUACAAAAUCUCACAAAACCUUCACGAUGGCUCAACUCCAAUCAGGAGAAGUUGCCUACAAGAGUAAACUAAGAGAAAAACCAAAAUGUGACAAACAUGCCAAUCAGAAUCUAAACAUAUACUGCAACACAUGUGAGCAGUUGGUAUGCACAACCUGCUCUGUUCUGAAACAUGAAAAUCAUUAUCGUGCUGACAUUUCAGAAGCUUUUGAAGCAUGCAAACAAGAAAUUGCAGAACUGAUGAUAGAGGGUGAAGAGAAGAAAGCAAUACUGAGCAAUGCGAAUGAAUGCAUAGCCGAGUCCCGCCUCAAGCUGGACAUCAUGUUUGAGUCCACCAAUGAGAAUAUCUCCCAAAAGGCUGACAAGGAGGUUGCUAGGAUCAGGGCUUUGGAGCAGAAAAUCAAGAAGGAAGCUAAGAACAUCUAUGAAGACAGAGUCAAGACAUUCGAGACUGCUAAAAACAAUAACAAUGAAGAGCUCAAAGAAGCAAAGCAGACACUAGAUGAGGUGAAUCAGCUUAUGGCACAAGAAAUCCAGACUGAGAUUUUGGAUCUCAAACCAAAACUCCUUCACAAUUUCAAAGAGCUGAUGAAGAAACAGCCAGAGAAUGUGUCUGACAAGUUGCACUUCAUUGACUUUGAAGAACAUGAUGAGAUGUCCCUGGGACAAUUACUUUUAGGGAAAGAUGAGUCCGAGUCUGAGUCUCCUUUUAACAAUCCCAGGUUGGAACACUCAUACUCAUGUGAUGUCGAGUGUCAAUUCGAGAGUAUGUCACCUGGUGUGAGUCUCGAGUACCGGUAA